AUGAAUAAUUCAAUUAAUAUAUCUGUGUAUAUACCAGAAAGAGUAAAUAUUUUAGAAAAUGCUCCAAUUGAAUUUGCAUUACCAUUAUAUGGAUAUCUUCUUCCAUUUCUUGUAUCAGUUACUACUGUAACAAAUUCAUUUAUAAUAAUUGUACUGUCUCAAAAACAUCUUCGCACACCAACAAAUUAUGUCUUAUUUUCUAUGGCACUUUCUGAUAUGUUAAUUGGUUUAUCAAGUUUACCAUGGUUUUUGUAUUAUUACACAUUUAAAGGUUAUAAAAUUGAUGAAAUUUAUGGUUUAUCUUCAUUUUGGUGUUCAUUAUAUCCAUAUAUAUCAACAUAUAUACCAACAAUAUUUAGAACAUGCGCAAAUUGGCUUGCUGUAUAUUUAGCAGUUCAAAGAUAUGUAUAUGUUUGUGUUCCUGCCAGUGUUCAUCGCUAUUGUACUCCUAAAACAACAAAAAUUAUAAUAAUUACAAUAUUUACGAUAUCAUUUAUAUCAGUUUUACCAGAGAUGUUUGCACUAUUUUAUGUAACUAGAAAAGAAGAAGGAAAUCGUUUGGGAUGUUAUCUCAAAUACUCUUAUUGGGUAAUGCAUAUAUUUGGAAUACAACUAUAUCAUAUAACAACUUGUACAUUUAAAGCAUUAUGUGUAUCAGCAAUUCCUUGUAUACUUUUAAUGAUUUUUACUUGUAAAUUAGCAAAAACUAUAAAAAAAGCUGAAAAUAGAAAAAGAAGCUGGACAACACCAGCAGCAAUGCAAAGUAAUUUUAUUCCUAUUUCAUCAGGAGAAAUUGAAAAUUCUAUUCCACAAACAAAUACCCGUAUGACGUCAAAUACAAUGUCUCUUUCAAGUGGAACAUUUUCAUCAGGUUCAAAUCGUUCACUUUAUGCAACAAAUCGUAUGCUUCUCGUUGUUUGUAUUGUAUUUCUUAUAUUAGAAGUUCCAGCAGCUGUUAUAUAUAUAUUACAUUUUUUAACAGCAGCUGAUAUAAUACCUGCACCAGGAGAAACUUAUCGUCUUCUUAAUAUAUUGUUGAUAAUACGUAAUAUUCUUGUUAUUUUAACAUCACCUAUUCAAUUUAUAAUAUAUUGUUCAAUGAGUGAGCAAUUUAGGCUUACAGUAAGGCAAUUAUUUUCAACAAGAUUAUUAUAUGUAACACAAGCACAAGCAACAUUUCAUGGUGGUAAAAGAUAUUCACUAAUUUUAGUUGAUUUAGAAUUAAUAGAAGAAAAAAGAAAAGAAGCUGAAGAAAGAAUGUUUUGGGCAAGUGGUAACAAAAAAAUAAGCGUAAAUUAA